CCAAAGAGAGACAUGUUAGAGACCAGCUUGCACAGAGAUCAGCUGGGAUACAGGGGCAGUGGGUCCCUCUUCUAAACGGGGAAAAUGGGCUUCAUAGCCCCCACGUCCAAGAGAAAAGCAAUCUUUCCAGAAACGAGAACUCGUUAGCUACGUUGCUGGAUUGGUAUUGUCCAGUUGAAUGGUUGUGUACGUCAGUUGUUUGAAGUUUGAAAUGUGGGAGAUGGUGGUUUUGUCGAGAGCGAGUUUUCCCCUCCUGUUGUCCAGGACAAGAUGGCAGCAGUACAUACAUACGGAGCAUGGUGUGGGCACAAUAUAACUCCAUAACAUGUUCACAGAAGCCCUGGAUUCUAUCACAUGUGACUAUCUGUGAAGGUAUGGCCUCACAAGUCCUGGUCUACCCACCACAUGUGUAUCAAGCCCAGACAAGUGCCUUUUGCAGCGUGAAGAAACUCAAAGUGGAGCCCGGCGGCUGCGCGUACCAUGAGAGAGCCUUCCCGCAGGUCUACCACCUGAGCGGUCGAACCCUCGGCGUCGCCGACCCCACGAGCAUCGUCGCUCGCGCAUUUCGGGCGGAGGACGCGGCGGGCGGCAGACCCCGCGGCGGGCGGGACUUUCCGUCGCAGGUGGCGGCGGCGGCGGCGGCGGCGGACGACCCCGGAGGCGCGCGUCGCGGACAGCCCGGGACGGUAGGCCAGCCGCAGCCCCGGGAAGGAAGAGGAGGAGGAGGAGGAGGAGGAGGAGGGGUCCCCGAGCGAGGGGGCGAAGGGCAGCGGGAGCGGCAGCCGGGGCCGGCGGGAGGCAGCUGUGGAGCGGCGGCGGGGGCGGCCGGAGGGGAGGACGAGGAAGAGGAGGGGGACGAGGAGGAGGACGGCGAAGGUUUGCGCUCGCCGGGCGGCCCUCGGCCAUGCGGGCUGAAGCGUAAGAGCGAGGAGCUGGAGACCAGAGGGAGCGCCGUGCGGAUAGCGGAGGAGCCGUCCGCGAUGCCCACCAUGUUGCAGACGAGCGCCGGGAACCCGGCGGCGGGGGCGGGAGCGGGAGCGGCGGCGGCCGGAGGAGGGCCCUCCAAGCAGGGCGGGGCCGGGGGCGGGGGCGGGGCCGGGGACGGGGACUACCAGCUGGUGCAGCACGAGGUGCUGCGCUCGGCGAAGAACGCCUACGAGGUGCUGGACUUCCUGGGCCGGGGCACCUUCGGGCAGGUGGUGAAGUGCUGGAAGCGGGGCACGAGCGAGGUGGUGGCGGUCAAGAUCCUGAAGAGCCACCCGUCGUACGCGCGCCAGGGCCAGAUCGAGGUGGGCAUCCUGGCGCGGCUGAGCGGCGAGAACGCCGACGAGAACAACCUGGUGCGCGCCCUGGAGUGCUUCCAGCACAAGAGCCACACCUGCCUGGUGUUCGAGAUGCUGGAGCAGAACCUCUACGACUUCCUCAAGCAGAACAAGUUCAGCCCGCUGCCGCUCCGGGUGAUCCGGCCCGUGCUGCAGCAGGUGGCCACCGCGCUCAGGAAGCUCAAGGGCCUGGGCCUCAUCCACGCCGACCUCAAGCCCGAGAACAUCAUGCUGGUGGACCCCGCGCGCCAGCCCUACCGCGUCAAGGUCAUCGACUUCGGCUCGGCCAGCCACGUCUCCAAGGCCGUCUGCUCCACCUACCUGCAGUCCCGCUACUACAGGGCUCCGGAGAUCAUCCUGGGGUUGGCCUUUUGCGAAGCCAUAGACAUGUGGUCCCUGGGCUGCGUCAUCGCCGAGCUGUUCCUGGGAUGGCCGCUCUACCCCGGCGCGCUGGAGUACGAUCAGAUUCGCUACAUUUCUCAGACCCAGGGGUUGCCGGGCGAGCAGCUCCUGAACGUGGGGACGAAGACGUCCCGCUUCUUCUGCAGGGAGUCGGACUCCCCGUACGCGGCCUGGAGGCUUAAGACGACGGAGGAGCACGAGGCGGAGACGGGGAUGAAGUCGAAAGAAGCCAGGAAGUACAUCUUCAGCUGUUUGGACGACGUAGCGCACGUGAACUUGGUGAUGAAUCUGGAAGGAAGUGACUUGUUGGCGGAGAAGGCGGACCGCAGGGAGUUUGUGUCUCUGCUGAAGACCAUGUUGCUGAUCGAUGCCGAGAAGAGGAUCGCCCCGGCUGAGGCUCUGAACCACCCCUUCCUUACCAUGCAGCACCUGCUGGACUUCCCCCACAGCAACCAUGUCAAAUCAUGUUUCCACAUCAUGGACGUGUGCAGAUCGCACUCCAGCACCUACGACACCAUGAACCGCAAUAAGACCCCCUUCAUGAGACCGGUCACCUCAACCAACGCUGCAAACCUGACCGUGGCUUUCAAUAAGAUGGGCCCCGUGCACACUCAGGCUUUAGCCCCACCCCCUCCCUCCGUGAUGCAUCCUGGGAUGCCGCUGCAGACAGGAAGUGCUCAGUUCGGGUGCAACGAUUCCUUUCAGCAAGCGCUAAUCCUCUGUCCCCCUCCCCUCCAAGGAAUCCCGCCCAACCCGAACAAGCCCGCGGGCUACCCGGUCCGGAUGGACAACACUGUGCCGCUGGUGACCCAGGCUCCCGCCAUACAGCCCUUACAGAUCCGGACAGGGGUCAUUACACAGACGUGGUCCAAUCGGGCGCAGCAGAUCCUGGUCCCGACCUGGCAGCAGGUGCAGGCGGUGCCGCCCCCGGCGACCACGCUGGCCUCCGAAACUGUGGCGGGCCCACAGAGACUGGGGGACUGGGGGAAAGUGCGGCCCCACGGCAACCAUUACGGCUCCAUGAUGCCCCAGCCUCUCCUGACCAACCAAAUGGCCGUGUCCGCCCACCAGCCAAUAAGCAUAGGCAUCGCACACAUGGUGUGGCCCCAGUCUGCCGCGGCUAACAAGAGAAACAAGCCCUGUGCGAACAGGAGCAGCGGGUACGCGCACAACGCGAACGGCGCCCGGACCUCCGCGCGCCCGUCCCCGACGCGCCGCGGCGCCAGGAAGAGCUCCGAGGAGGAGGAGGAGGAGGUGGAGGGGGAGGACUGCCCGGGGGCGGAGCCGGCGCCGGGCGUUGGGGCGGAGCCCGAGGCGUCGAGCUGCUGCCGGGCGGGGCGGGACCCCGACCAGCCGGCCCUCUCCCACAAGCAGCAGCGGCGGCGGCGACGGCGGCGUGGGGGGAGGGGGGGGCGGCAGCAGCAGCAGCAGCAGCAGCAGCGGCCGGUGGGGCGGCAGGCGGGGGAGGCGGCGAUGGCGGACUCGCCCAGCCCCAUCGUGAGCGUCAUCACCAUCAGCAGCGACACGGACGAGGACGAGGCGGCCCAGAGGCACUCGCUGGGGGAGUGCAAGGGCGGCCCGGACUGCGAGGCGUGCCGGGGGGCGCUGAACAUGGGGCGCGUGUGCUCCCUCAGCAGCCCCGACAGCACCCUGAGCACCAGCUCCUCCACCUCCGCCCGCUCCAGCCCCUCCCCCUGCAAGCGGCCCAACAGCAUGACGGACGGCGAGCAGGAGAGCGGCUGCGACACGGUGGACGGCUCGCCGGCCUCGGACUCCUCCGGCCGAAGCGGCAGCCCCUUCGCGCAGAGGCGCUACAUCGGCGGCGGCGGUGGCGGCUGCGGCGGCGGCGGGGGGGCGAACCAGAACCGCAAGCCCCGGGACGGGGGCCGCGGGGGUGGGGCCCCGGAGAGGCGGCCCGCCAAGCCCGCCCCGCGCGCCGCGGCAGUUCCGCCCAUGCGGACGCGGAACAACAACUCCGUCUCCGUCGGCGACGAACACAUGACCAACGCAGACGCGACGUGUCAGUCAAAGGGACGUGGUGCGUCCGGCCGGCCCAACCGUAACUCCGCCCCCCUCCUCAACCGCCAGCAGAAGAUGACGCCUGCAUUCCAGCAGCAGCACCUGGGAUUUGCACAGGUCCAGCACUACGGGUCCUGCCACCAGGAGUGGAACGGAAACUACGGUCACCGGCGGCAACAGGCCUUCAUCCCGCCCUCCGUCCACGGGCACCCCUUCCCCCUGCCCCACGGCAGCCCCAACCACACCGCGGCGCACCCCCACCCCGCCCUGCUCCCCUACCCGCCCUCCGGGCCCCUGGUGACGGCCGCGCCCGUGGCCCAGAUCCUGGCCCCGCCCUGCAGCACGCGCCCGGUCCUGCAGCCGGCCUACGGCAUCUCGCACCCGGGCGGCAUCAUGCGCCAGGUGGCCGUGGGCAUCAGCCACCGGCUGCUGCCCUCCCCGACCGUCCAGAGCCAGUUCAAGCCCCUCUUCCCGCCCCACUCCUACAUCGCCUCGCCCGCCUACCCUGGCUUCCCCCUCAGCUCCGCCAAACCCAACCAGUACGCCUACAUCUGAGCGCCGGGAGGGGCGGGGCCUCAGUGGUAGCUCCGCCCCCUCCACCGGGCCCAACCGCUAAGAACAACGGCAACGAGAACAAGACGGCGGUUUUGCGCGUUGGAAGCCAUGGCACAAGAGAAAAGGAGGGGAGGAAAAAAG